AGAAGUUUGUCCCCAAGAAGCGGUGGUAGAUGCUGUGGCUACAACAAAAAGAGAAGUCCUGGAGGGCAGCUGUGAGAGAAAGAAAGCCACACUCAGGGCCAGGGGAAGUGACGUGUUUCCUUCCCUUAUUUCCCUGCAUUUCACUCUGUGCUCAUUGUCACAGCGACAUCGCCCUGAGCUGCGCAGUUGGAGGGUAAGCGUGUCUCUGCUGAUCUGAGCUCUGCAGAACACAGGGACCCAUGUCUUCCUGAAGUGUCCCCAGGACCCCGGUGACACUGUCCAUGGCUGUUGACAUGAGAGCCCUGUGAGAGACAAGACCGGCCACCAGAGACUACCACUCGUGCAUCUGUCUGUCUAUCCCGCUGGUCCCGUGGCCUCCAUCUGCUCAGCUGAGGCCUCCAGGAGAGGAUGCCAUGACCCCCACCCUCAGGGCCCUGCUCUGCCUCGGGCUGAGUGUGGGCCUCAGGACCCCAGUGCAGGCAGGGACCGUCCCCAAACCCACCAUCAGGGCUGAGCCAGGCCCCGUGGUCCCUUAUGGGAGCCCUGUGACCAUCUGGUGUCAGGGGACACCAGGGGCUGAGGAGUACCGUCUGGAUAAAGAGGGAAGCCCAGAACCAUGGAGAAGAGAGAAGCCACUGGAGCCUGCGGAGAAGGUGAUGUUCUACUUUCCACAAAUGACAGAAUAUGAUGCUGGGAGAUAUCGCUGUUACUGUUACAGCCCUGGUGGCUGGUCAGAGCGCAGUGAGCCCCUGGAGCUGGUGGUGCUGUCAGGAUCCUACAGCAAACCCAGCCUCUCAGCCUUGCCCAGCCCUGUCGUGACCUCAGGAAAGAAUGUGACCCUCCGGUGUGGCUCAUGGCCACUAUUUGGCAAGUUCAUUCUGACUAAGGAAGGAGAUCACAGGCUCUCCAAGACCCUGAACUCACCACACUCCAGUGGGCAGUCCAAAGCCCUGUUCUCUGUGGGCCCCGUGACCGCCAGCGACAGGUGGACAUUCAGAUGCUAUGGCUGUUCCAGGAACAGCCCCCAGGUGUGCUCACCAUUUAGUGACCCCCUGGAGCUCCUGGUCCCAGGUGAGUCUGGGAAGCCCUCCCUCCUGACCCAGCAGGGCCCCAUCGUGGCCUCUGGACAGAGCCUGACCCUCCAGUGUCGCUCUGAUAUCGGCUAUGACAGAUUCCCCCAGGAUGGGCCCUUUCAGGCCCACUUCCCCCUGGACACUGUGAGCAGCUCCCACGGGGGCCGGUACAGAUGCUACGGUGGAUACAACCUCUCCUCUGAGUGGUCGGCCCCCAGUGACCCCUUGGACAUCCUGGUGGCAGGAUGGCUGCGUGAAAGACCUUCCCUCUUGGUGCAUCCAGGCCCCAGGGUGUCCUCAGGAGAGAACGUGACCCUGCUGUGUCAGUCACAGAGACCGAGGGACACGUUUCUUCUGUCCAAGGAGGGGGCAGCGGAUCCCCCCUUGCGUUUGAAUUCAAUGCACCGAGCUCAGAACCAGGCGGAGUUCUCCAUGAGCCCUGUGACCUCAGCCCAUGGGGGCACCUACAGGUGCUACAGCUCACGCAGCACCUCCCCCUUCCUGCUGUCACCCCCCAGUGAGCCCCUGGAGCUCCUGGUCUCAGUUCCCAAAUGGAACCUGAACAUCCUGAUCGGGGUCUCGGUGGCCCUUUUCCUGCUGCUCUCGCUCCUCCUCUCCCUCCUCCUCCUACGACACCAACGUCAGAGUAAAGGCAGGACGUCAGAUGCUGCCAUGAAAGACCCACAGCCUGGGGAGAGCGUGGAGCUGGACCCUCGGGCUGCACCUGACGCCCCCCAGGAUGUGACCUACGCCCAUCUGAACCCCUCGACUCUCAAAAGGAAGACUUGUGCACCCUCAUCCUCCCCAUCAGAGGAGCCCCUAGAUGAGCCCAGUGUGUAUGCUGCUCUAGCCAUCCACUAG